CUAUUAUAAUUAUCAUGUCUCUGAUUUCAAUUCCGAUUACCCCAAAGUGCGUAUAAAAAGCAUUCGCAAGACCGGCAUUAACAGAAAUCAAGAUGUGUCGUCUAGCCUGUGUGGUUCUCCUGUCCUUCUUCGCAGUAGCCCUGGGCUCUGCCGCCACUGGGUACUACGAAGAUGGUGUACCAAUCUACGACAGGGCACCGGAACCGAUAAAGCCUGAAGAGAUCAUCGUGGAUGAUGUUGCACAACGUCUUGUUGGUGGUAACCCUGCCAGUACUGGUGCAUACCCGUACCAAGUGUCUCUGCGUAACGCUGCUGGAAAUCACUUCUGCGGUGGUUCUAUUGUCAACAACCGCUGGAUCCUGACUGCUGCUCACUGUCUGACUAGCUCCUCCAAUACCGGCGUGUACGUCGCAGUCGGUACAAAUCUUCUCCUCAGCGGAGGAACCGUCUACCAAUCAUCCCGCGUCGUCGUUCAUCCCAACUACAAUUCCCUCCUGAUCCGCAAUGACGUCGGUCUGGUUAAUGUCAACCGUAACAUCGCUUUCAGUAACCUCGUUCGUGCUGUUGCUCUGCCGACUUCAAACUUCGAGCAAGCUAACGCGCCAGCUGUUGUUACCGGCUGGGGACGUCUGCAGGCUGGAGGUUCCAUCCCUAAUAACCUACAAGUAUUGAACACCCGUAUCAUCGACCAACCUACUUGCUUGGCUGUCAACUUCCGUGUCACCAAAGACAACAUCUGCACCUUCACCCGCGAAGGACAAGGUACCUGCAACGGUGACUCUGGUGGUCCUCUUGUCGCUAACGGUGCUCAGCAUGGUAUCGUUUCUUGGGGAUACGCCUGCGCUCUUGGACGUCCUGACAUGUACGCCCGUGUCUUCAGCUACCUCAGCUGGAUCAGGAGCCACACUGGCUAAACGAAUUAUCUUCAACUUGACUUCUUCUGGCCAUCCUAACGCUUUAAAGAUAAUCAAUAAUUUGCUUAACUAUGUAACAUCGGCUUCAGCAUCGAUCACCGUUUCGGUGUAUAAUGUAUGAUUUUUCAUCUUCGAAAUACAUUGCCAUUCUGCAAUUACUAUUA